AUGCCCGCUCCAAUGGACAUGGACUCUGAUAGAGCUUCAAUUAAUAGUCUCAUUACAGAUGCUUACAUGCCGGAUUUUUUUGAUGCUUCCAUAGCUGAUCUUGCUGAAUUAUUAAACAAUGAACCUAAGGAUGAUUUUAUUGUUGGUUUACGAAAUACACUAGCAGAUGUAUUUUCAUCAAAAACGAUCGUUUCACUGGCACAUUGUCAUGAUUUGCUUAUACGAUUUAUUCAGCAUCCUGAAAUGAUGUGUCCUGUGUCAACUGACAAUCUAUCAUUAGUAACAUCAUUGCUUAAAGAUCUUGAAAUAGUCGGUAUGACAAAUAAACAUGCACGUGAAUUAGAUAGUAUUUUACGACGUCCACAUAUACGAAUGAUUAUGGAUGCGCAUCAAACAAUAGCAACACGAGAAUAUGCUGAAGACCAAUUGCCCAUUGGUUAUUUACCUGAUGCAGCUAAACCAUUACCUGAUAUAUCAUCACCAUCGUAUAUUUAUCCCGGUACAGUAUCAAAUAUGAUACCGAAAACUAUUGGAAUUGAGUCAACUGGCGAAGAACAUUUGGGUAUAACUGUUAGAUUAAAUGACAUGGGAGAUUUAGAAAUCAAACGCAUUGUACAAGGAGGUUUAAUUGAUAAACAAGGUCUUCUUCAUGUCGGCGAUAUAAUUAAAGAAAUAAACGGCGAAAUUGUCAAUACACCUGAAGAACUACAAGACAAAUUAAGAAAUGCUCGUGGUGCUGUUACAUUUAAAGUCAUUCCUAAUUAUUUUGAUUUUCCAUCACCAUCCCAACUGUUUAUUCGAACUCAUUUUUCUUAUGAUCCAGCAAAAGAUAAAUUGAUUCCAGCUAAAGAAGCUGGAUUAGCAUUUGAUGAAGGCGACAUAUUACAGAUACUUUCACAAGACGAUGUUCAUUGGUGGCAGGCAAGACAAGUAAAAGAUGCAACACUCAAAGGACUCAUACCAUCUCAAUAUCUUGAAGAACGACGUAAAGCUUUUGUAUCACCAGAAAAUGACUUUUCUAAAACUUCACUUGUAUGUGGUUUAAUUGAUCGUCGAAAGAAGAAGAAAUUAUUAUUUAAUGUCAAAGAUUCAUCAAUGUUUGAUAAAGGUGAUAUAUGUCUUUACGAAGAGGUAGCACGGAUGCCACCAUUUGAAAGAAAAUGUUUAAUUUUAAUUGGAGCACAUGGUGUUGGACGGCGAGAUUUAAAAAAUCGCUUGAUUGCCCUUGAUCCUAAACGAUUUGGAACGGCAAGACCACAUACAUCACGUCUUUUGCAUAGUGAUUCAGAAACAAACGCCUAUUUUCAAAUGGAUAGAAAUGGUAUGGAAACUGAAAUAGAAGCAGGUGCAUUUCUAGAGCAUGGUUUCUAUAGUGGAGAUUUAUAUGGAACAAAAUUUGAAUCGGUUCAACGAGUUAUACAAUCGGGUAAAAUGUGUGUUUUGGAUAUUGAACCAACAGCCUUAAAAUUAAUUUGUAAUAAAGAAUAUAUGCCAUAUGUGGUGUUUCUUAAGGCACCAAAUAUGGAUUAUCUUCGUUAUAAGCAGUAUAACGAUAAACAGAGAAUGCCGAAAAUGAGAACAAAAAGUAAUAUAAGUAAUAAUUCAUCAUUGAAUUUAUUGUCAAAAGAUCCUGAACAAGUUAUUUUGGAAAGUGAUGCAUUAGAACGGGACUAUCAUACAUAUUUUGAUCUUACACUUGUGUCUGAAGAUGCUGAUAAAACAUUUGAACAACUUGUUCGAGCUGUCGAAGCGUUAAGUGCUGAACCUCAAUGGGUGAAUGUUCAAUGGUUUUCUUAA